AUUUUCUGCCCGCAACGCUUACCUCCGGAUUCAUUUUAUGUCGCUUCUUAAAAUUGGGCAGGUACUUCGAGGCAGGCUGGGAAAAUAUGUGAUAACAAGACAAAUACAGGAGACUGUCUGGUUCGCACAGAAUCAAGCCUGUGAAACAGUUGUGAUCAAAGGAGUCCACGGUCAUCCCCGUGUAGAAAAUGAGAGAGAUGUUCUAAAACGCUUCCGACGCUCAGCAACUCAUUUACGGCCAGUAAUUGAUGAAACUCUUAACCGGAAUGAACUAAAGUAUGUUGCAAGGUGCAUACUGGAAGCAUUGGAUAUCCUCCACACCGACGGAUACGUACAUACGGAUGUCAAGCUAGACAAUAUCUUCGUGAAUUACAAGGAUGGGGAAAACAGGUUUUCCGAUGUUCAGCUCGGCGACCUUGGCGGCUCCCCGGAAGUGCUUAUGGAAACACCCUGGAACACGGCAACAGAUAUUUGGUCAUUUGGCACAGCGCUAAUCAGCCUAAUAUAUGGGGGCGACUUCAACCUUUUCAGACCCCGUACGGUUCCUUAUGGCCAUGAAGAAUACAACCUUGAGGUUCUGAAGCAGCAGUUCCGCUAUUUCGGUCCCUUUCCUGAGAAAUACGCGGAGAUUGCAAGUCCCGAAACUGUCCCCGCGAUCUUAUACCUGAUGCAUGAGAUUCCCCAACAACGGAACGUUGAGGUGUCUCUGAAGGAUAAGGCAUUCAUUUCAAAGAUUAUGAUGCUGGAUUGGAGAGAUAGACCGACAGCAAAGGAACUUCUCAGAGAUAAAUGGUUUCAAGCAGACUAG